AUGUCUGCGAAUGAACCCCAAACCAUGCCGGGCUGGUAUUGGCCAGACGAUUUACCGAAGGCAGAGGAUGAGGCGUCCUCAGGGACUCAAUCCAGCACUCCACAAAGCAACAGUCAGCCCCAAAACCAGCGGCCACGGCGGAGGUUCUGGCCCCCAAGGCAGUGCCGUAUUUGUCUUGAAACGGUGCAGCCAACGUUCCAUACGGCACCCGAACAUCUACCUGGUAUUUUUCAACCCGGGCCAUCCGUCACGUACGAGUCAGAAGAAGGGCGUCUCCUCCGACCUUGCAAAUGCAAAGGCUCGUCCAAAUACGUCCAUGAGGGGUGUCUCCAAGCCUGGCGGCACUCUGAUCCUUCCUACGGACGCCGCAAUUACUGGCAGUGCCCAACCUGUGGAUUUAGCUACCGUCUAGCACGACUAGGAUGGGGCCGUAGCCUUGCUAGCAAAACCGCCCAGAUCUCUUUGACGAUUGCCAUCCUCGUUCUAGCCGUCUUCUUUUUAGGAUUUGUUGCAGACCCAAUCAUCAAUCUUUACCUUGACCCGUACAGUUAUUUCUCUCUCUUUUCCAGCAGCCAGCCUGAGUCUUACUAUGAACCUGAGGAGAAGUCGUCCUGGGUUGAGCAUUUCCUCAAAGGCUUCACUUCGAUGGGUGUCCUUGGAUUUCUGAAAGUCUUGCUCUCAAACCCUUUCUCGUACUUUCGUUUUGGAGGGGGUGGCACUAGAGGCAGGACCACAGGGCGAGACAGGUACGAGCAAGUCAGUUGGAUCGUUAUCCUCGUUGGAGUGUCUACGUUCCUCUUUGCGAUCUAUAAGGGCGUCCGAGCAUGGAGCCGUCGGACUCUAGAAAAGGCCGGAGAGCAAGUGAUGGAUGUCCAGCCUGACGACGACGACGACGACGACGAU